UCCUGUUCAAACAUGGCCGCGUCCUGACAAAUGUCACAUUUCUUCUGCUGCUGUAAACACACAGUUAUUAACGUUGCUUAUAUCACCCGUCCAGCGAAAAUAAAAAAGAGGCACACUGGGAAGGUUUUGCGUCACUCGGUUCAACAUCUGCAGAGGAUAAUCGAGCCAACACCAUGGUUCAUUUAUCAUCGCUCCUGCUUAAGAACUACCACGGAGGUUACGUUGUCAUCCGAUUAGCUCUUGCAGGCCACAAACAAGCUAACAGGCCUUUUUAUCGAAUCGUGGCAGCGUACAACAAAAGGGCAAGAGAUGGUAAAUAUUUAGAGCAGCUUGGUUCCUACGACCCCCUCCCCAACAUCUACAAUGAGAAACUUGUCAGUUUCAACUUCGACCGCAUCAAGUACUGGAUCGGCUGUGGCGCACACCCUACAAAGCCAGUGGCCAAACUUCUCGGGUUGGCAGGAUUUUUCCCUCUGCACCCAAUGACGAUAACAGAGGCAGAGCGUCGAAGAGCACAAACAGAGCUGAUAGCAACAGAAGAUGUUCUGCAGGAGGGACAGAAGGAGGCUGAAGUGUGAAUUAAAGCUAGUCACUGUGUGUGUGAGACUGUCCAGUUCAAAAAGAUGUUAUCGUUAUUUGAAGGGAACUAAUCUACUUGUUUCCAAACUUGUUUGGUGGACUGCUUUUAAGCAAUAUCAGAUUGACAAAAUGUAGUUUGAGUUGCUUUAGUAGUAGCUAUGGACAAUUCUUAAUAAAGCUAAUGUUCUUUUCUGUUUUAUUUGACUUAAAUAAAAAUAUUUCAAUAUUUGGUUGAGGUUAAGAAGCAGACUUUUUCUAUUUUUCUCUGUCUAACAUUAUCAAGACAUUUUAUGAACAAACUAUUUUUACUUUGAACUUUACUCAUGGGGUGUUAUCAUUUUCCCUUCUUUUGUCUGUCUUCUUUGUUUUGAAAUUAAUAAAUAAUGAAUAGUC